AUGAGCUUUAAAUUGAAUCCCUUGAGUGCUCUUGGUCGUCUUGGCUAUGCUGGUCAUCUCCUCUUCUACCCCUUAGUUGGUGCUUUCUACGUCUAUGUAGUUUCACCAAAGCUCGACGAGAGAAGCAAAGCUGCUGAAUAAAAGGAAUGGGACAUGAUGCCAAAAGCUAAAAAGGUGGAUCCCGAUCUCUUCAAUCCAUUCAGUCCUAUUCCAUAUCACAACAACCUAGAGCUCAAGUAUGCAUUCGCUCAUAUUAAUAUGCAUAAUCACCUUAACUCUAACCAAAUCAAUCCACAAACCUAUGUAUGGAAAAGCUAUCACAAUUCAUAUGAUCACAAUAACAAAAAUGCAUACUAGUACAACUGGACCAGCGUUCACGGUGCUAUUGACAGCAAUGCUCAUGCACACCACUGA